GAAAUUAUUGAAUUGAACACGUGAUAUUUAUUUCUUUCAUUGUUAGUUUUUAAUAAGAAAGUUUAUCAGUUAAAUAUUAUCUACUUAACUUUAACAGUUUCAGUUCCUCACCUGUAGAUAUAAAUAAGUUCUACCAAAACUUCGUUGCGUUUGCGUAUGAAUCCAAUUUAAGUCGACCAUACUGAAACCACAAACUUGUUUCCAUUAUAUCGUUGGGUUAGUACAUUAUAACGAUUCCUUUUCAAAUCCAAGACGGAGUUAGUGACUAUAGUCGAUCCCCCACUAUUGCGACGUACAUCGACUUCUCCUAGUGAGCGGCAGUCGCAAAGCAUUUUGAAUCUAGCUUUUGGAGGUACAAGACUGUGUUUUCAGUGUUUGUGAUUUUAUUACCAAAAAUGUCUAAGAAAAACGGAAGUGCAGCGCUCCUACGGGGAGGCGACAAGCCUAUUAUCGCGCAAUUAGACCAGAAAAGGGGUGGUGUUAACACUGUGAUUAUGACUAAUUUUAAGUGUGAGCAAAAUCAAGUUCCUACACAGUCUGCAAAUGGAUCCACUGUACCUUUGGUAGAUAAUAGGAGGGCUGAUCCAGAAGUUGGAGAUUAUGACCCUUUCCAGCAUCGGAAUGUGGCGCAUCCUACAUCGGAUCUGGAUACACUCAUCCAUCUGCUCAAAGGAGCUCUCGGGAGUGGUAUAUUGGCUAUGCCUCUAGCAUUUUCUCAUGCCGGCCUGUUUUUCGGCUUGAUAUGCAUCUUAUUUAUCGGUAUUGUUUGCACAUAUUGUGUUCACAUUUUAGUAAAAUGUGCGCAUGUAAUAUACCACCGUCAAAAAGUAUCAUCUCUCAGCUUUGACGAAGUUGCCGAGGCCGCUUUUCUAUCUGGUCCAAAAGCUUUCCACCCAUGGGCUAAGUUUGCUAAAGCCAUGAUAAACUUUUUCUUAGUUGUAGAUUUAUUAGGCUGCUGCUGCGUGUAUGUACUGUUUGUAUCUAAGAACUUGAAACAAGUCGUUGACGCAUACGUUGAAGAGACAUACCAUUACGACGUAAGAUUUUACAUGCUGGCUCUCUUACCAUUAUUGAUAUUGAUGAUUAUGAUUCGUAACCUUAAAUAUCUCUCGCCGUUAUCUAUGAUUGCUAAUAUCUUUGUAGCAGUUGGCAUCGGUAUCACCUUCUAUUACAUAUUCGAUGACCUUCCAUCUCUUAAUUCAAGACCUCAUUUUGGUAGUAUAACUACUCUGCCUUCAUUCUUUGGUACUGCAAUUUUUGCUUUGGAAGGUAUUGGCGUAAUCAUGCCUUUGGAAAACAAUAUGAAAAAUCCAACACACUUUAUCGGAUGCCCUGGUGUACUCAACAUUGGAAUGUUUUUCGCUGUUCUCCUUUAUUCUUCAGUUGGAUUCUUUGGCUAUUUGAAAUAUGGUGAUGAUGUCAAAAUAGGAAGCAUCAGUUUGAAUCUCCCCAAUGAACCACUUGCCCAGUCUGUGAAAUUGAUGAUUGCCGUAGCCAUUUUCUUCACUUAUGCUCUGCAGUUCUACGUACCAAUGGAAAUUAUCUGGAAGGCGGUAAAGAAUAACUUUCAAAGAAAAGCAUUGGCAGAAUACAGUAUUCGAUUUUCUUUAGUAACUUUAACGGUGGUUCUUGCAAUUUUGAUACCAAAUCUUGGAGCUUUCAUAUCUCUAGUAGGUGCUGUAUGUCUGUCAAUGUUGGGACUUAUAUUCCCUAGUAUAAUAGAAUUGGUCACAUUUUAUGAAGACCCCGGUUUGGGUCGCUGGAGAUGGCGGUUAUGGAAAAACAUGUUUUUAAUCUUGUUUGGACUAUUAGGUUUUGUAACAGGAACCUAUGUCAGCGUAGAGGAAAUCAUACAAGGUUGAGAGAUUUAUUUUUCAGUGUUUCUACAGUCGGCUUCGCAGGGAGUCUCUUAGAAAAAUAAGUUGGUUUUCCAUACCGGCUGGAACCCGGUUGUUCCUUAUCAGACAAUAGAUCAGCUGAAGCUUAGAUACUUUCAACUGUAAGAUCUUGCUAAUACAAUCAGAAGGAACUUUGGGGGACAGUCGGAGUAACUAGGGGAACUGUCGUAAAAGAAAUAUUUUUACCAAUUAUUCUAAGUUUUUACUUAAAUAAAUUAUAUUUCUUCCAAAAAUAUCUAAUUAUAAUGUUUCCGAUCUAUAUUAUGUUAAAAUUUUGAUUAGCUUAGAAUAUAAAUCUUAAGCAUUAGAUACAUACAACAAGAUAUGCAAAAAAAUUUCCAAACGUAUUAAUAAACCAUCAUAAAGUUGAAAGAUAUUACUGCGAAUUGCCCAUACAACUAACAAUUUAUUUUCAUCGAAAGGCUAACGGUCAAAGACAAAUAUGUAUAGAAAAAUUAAUAGACUUUGGAAUAAAUAUAUUACUAAUUUAUAAAGAAACGUAUGUAAAAUUUAGUAUUACUGAAUGAAAUUGCAUAAAUGACUUUCUUGUUUAUGGCAUAACCCCUUACUGAAACCAUUGGCCGUAAGAAUAUAAUCUUCAACAUCGCAUUAUUUACUAACCAAUGGCUGUCUAUAGAGGAAAACCAAAUAGUACAUCUUUUUAUAUACUUAGGAGAGAAAUCUUAUUCCUAUUAAUUCAUUUAAUUUUAAGUAGAGACGUAGAUACAGUGUGCUUCGAUAAUCCGAGAGAAAUUUUGAAAUUCUUGGAAAAUUUAAUUAUUAUAAUUAAUUUGUUUAUUUACUAUUAAACAUUCUCCACUAUUAUUUAGAAUGACAGUGAAUUUAUUUUCGUAUUUAUUUCAAUUUUCUCUCGGAUUAUUUUGUAAAUUAGAUCUAUCUGCACAGUGAAUCAUUAUAUCAGUAUUAACAUAAAAUUGGGUGCAUAUCAAUUAACCAAAAUUUAAUUCAAGUUCUUUUAUGGUCAAUUGAUGUUUACCAACAAAAAUAAAAAAUAAAAAUAGUAUUUUUCCAUUUAUUCAUCAGAUCCUUAUCAAAAAUUAUUUAUAUAUACUUAAGUUACAAGCGAAACCGAUAGAAAUUAUAUUGACUCCCUGUUUAAAAACACCUAUAAAAUCUGUACAUUCUGACGGCUUCGAGGAAAUGUCUUCCAACACUUGAAGCGAAAAUUUAUUGACAAAACGGAUUUUGUGGGGUGUUAUAUCAAAGAUUAGUAUAUUAAAUAAUCUAUAAAUAAGGACUCUAGAAAUGCUGUGCUAAAUUUAGACUGCAGUGUCAACUGUGAUUUUGAGAAGUAAACAUUUUUAUGUAGUUAUUUCUUUAAUGAUUUGUUUUUAUUAAAACUUUUCAACAUCAUUGAAUCUUUUCAUUUCAAUUCAUCUUUUUUUAUAGUGAGACGUCAUUUAUUUAUACUAUUGUGAUUGUUUAGAUAAUAAUUUAUGCUCAAAUUAUAGUGUUUUUUGGUCAGUGUUCAUUUCUUCUCUUUUAAUAAAAAAUGGUUAAUAAACACAAUAUUUUUCCAUAACCGCUGCUGCCUACUAUAGACUAAAACUGUAGAAUUGAGCUUAUGUGAAUCACUACAAAGCUAAAAUGUUUUAUUUUUAUAAAAAUAAUAAUGAUGACAAGCAAUACGAAUUUCACGUAGAUGGUUUGUGAUUCAUAUAUAUUGUUGUAACAAAGUGUAUUCUAUUCUAAUAAAUUUUUAGCAAAUUUUGAGACUUUAUAAGAAAAUAAAUUAUCUGAGAAUACAGCAUUGUUAUUACAAAUAUUUACAAACUAUUUUAAAAAAUUUAUUCUUUUAAAGUAUAUUACUAAUAUUCAUAGAAUAGAUUAUAACUUUUAUUCUGUUUUAUGCUUUAUAAACGGUGAAAUUUUAUUUUGAUCUUUUGAUCGUAUGAAUUUUUUUCUCGAUUGCAUCAAUAAAAUAUCCAGAAAGAAAAGUUUACUCUGUUCAUAUGAAUUUUCUUGAUUGCAUCAAUGAAUAUUACCGAAUGAUAUCGACACUCGUUAUAGUAAAUUGAAUGUGUAUCCAAUCUACAAAUUUUUUGACAUAAUUAAAGCUUCUGAUAUACAUUAUUUCGAGUAGACUACUGACUAGUAUGCAGUCCUCUUCUAUACUCCCUUUUGGGGAUGGAAUAUAAAAUAUUAAAUACAUUCAAACUUAUUCUACUUCGUAUCCCUCACACUUCAGAUAUGCUUGAUCCUUAUUUUCGUUAAAGCUGUUUACUGUAGUAUUAGUAAGAGAACUUUCAAUGCCCCUAAUUUUAGAGCCUGAAAUUUACAAACUAUAUUAUCAAAUAACCAUGAAUUUGUAGAACGUCUCUCGUAAUCUUUAACAACUGAUUGCUAAUACGUAUUAAUUUUAGGACUAAAUGUUGUACUUAUAUAUUAGAGCCUUAUCACAUCACAUUAUAUUUUUUUUAUUUCUUCAAACUUGUAGAAUAUACACAGUCUUUCAAGGAUGUUAGCUUAUGAUAAUUUGAACAAUUUUCUAUGCCAUCCCGGUUCUCUUUUGUUUUUUUUUUGGUUUCCUUUUGCUUUUUUCUGUCUUUCUCAUGAUCUCAGUUAUUCAUAUUCCAUAGAAUUUACAGUACUACAGGUCUUUAAGACCCAAGACUUAUUUCUCUUUUCUCAUCGGUCUUCAUCUGAUAUCACAAUUAUUCUCCACUGAUUGCAAUUAUGUACUGUUGCGCUCCAAUUCGGUUCUACCUCCCCUCCUUACCCCUCUUACUCUUUGGGCUUUUAUGUAUCUUGUUAUUGUGGGGGUAUUUAUGCAAAUCUUUCAGUUAUUCGUCAGUUCUUUUUCUCCAUAGUCCUUCGCUUGUCUUUAUUCCCCCAACAUUUUCCCCUCCAUGGGUUCACUUCCUUUGGCUCUCCUCUUAUUUAUUUACUUUGUUUUAUCUUGGUUUAUUUUUAAUCCAUAAUUUUCGCAGCCUCUUCUAGUUUACAGAAUGCUAUUUCCAUUUCUUGUUUUGUUCUGGUUAUUAAAGCUAAAUCGUCUGAAUAUGCAAUUAUUUGCCGUUUGUGGUAAUAAAUGAGUAUCUUACUAUCUCAACAGAUUAAAAGCCACUGUCGAUAUUGGAUCUCCUUGUUUUAAUCCCUUUUCAACCCUAAAUUUGUCUGAUACAAUUCCAUAAGUUGUUACUAUUACUGUAUGAGUUAUUAAUGUCAUCUUGUCUAACUUAUACAUUUCAUAUCUGUGUCUACUGUGUCAUUAGCCUGCUUAAAAUCCAUAGACAUAAUAUGUUUUUGCUCACAGCUCCUCUUAAUGGUCUCAGUAUUCUUCGACUAUCCUUUCUUGGUACUUGUUGAGAUUGUUUCUCACGACUUUAGCCAAAACUUUGGACACCACAUCAAGAAGUGAUAUCCCUCUAUAAUUUUCAUAUCUACUGUUAUCUCCCUUCUUGAAUAUUGGAUAUAUUAUUCCAUCUCUCAGGCAUUUGUUCUUCAUUUCAAAUUUUCUGUAUUAUUCUGCAUAAUCUUUGCUGUAUAUCUUCCCCAUCGUAUUUGAUAAUUUCUGCUGGGAUCCCAUUCUCUGCUGCAAUCAUAUGGUUUUUUAAAUUUUCUAUAUGUUCUAAGAUUGCUUUAUCAUUUGGUUCCUCCACGAAAUUCUCAUUUUCUAUUCGUCUAUUCUUCAUUUAAAUACUCCUUGAAAGUAUUGAGCAGUUGUUCUGAAGCAGGGAAACAUAUGAGUUUUACUUUAUAGAUUUUCACAUAUUUGACAAAAACAAGUUUUGUUUGCAGAUUAUAAACGAAUUGAUAUCAUGUAUCGGUAGUGUUUUUUCAAUUAAAUGUACAUCUUAUAUUUCAGUAGAAGGUUUGAACACUAAAACAAGUGAACACAGUAAGAAAAACAGUAUUUAUAGUUCCAAAGGAACUGUAUGACUUGGUGCCUUAAAUACCGGAAUCUGGAUUUUUCUCCAGAUGAUGGAAAAAAGAAGUUUGGUUGCAAAUAUCGAAUACAAGGGGAGAAUUUUCAAGUUCCUCAUAAACACACAGAAGUUUCCAUAUUGUAGUAAUAAAGUUUUGAUUUUCAGAUUCCAAAGUAUAAUUUGAUAUAUUUAGGUACCUAUUUAUUUGAAAAUUUAACUACACAUUACGGACAACAGUAUUAAUUAACUUGUUUAAAAAACAAUAUAAAUUACUCUGUGUGUCAAAAGCAUAGUUUCCUUUGAGGUAUUACAAGUUAUGGACAAAUUUGGUCGCCACGAUUUACAGUAAAUAUUCAAUCACUAAUUUUUUCGUAAAUUCAGAUACAUAUUUUUUUCAAAUAUAUCUAAAAGUUUCUUUUGUUUAUAGAUAUUAAUGAUCAAUUUUGUCCUACUUAUACUUACUGCCUGCUUGUGAAGAGUGAUAGAGAAUUCAUGUGCCAAGUGUUACAAGUUAGAAAACAGUAGUAGAUUCCUAAUUAUUUAGUAUUAUUUCCAGACUUUGUGCAUGAAUUUGAUAUCUUUUUUGGAAAUAAGUCAGUAGUUCCCAGAAGAAUUUUGUUAUCAAUAUUUUAUGUAAAUCGUUUAAAAGAAAUUAAAUGGUAAAUUAUA